ACUAUCUCAUCCACCCCACGCACCAACCCCACGCCCAACACGCCGGGGCGGCCAACACCUCGCACCGCCUGCCCCGGCUAGAACCACCCCGGCCACCGCCGCGCGCUGCCCCGUCUCGGCCACCACCGCCCGCCGCCCGGCCACGGCCAGCACCACGCGCUGCCCCGCCCCGGCCAGCACCACCCGCCACCCCGCCACGUCCACCACCACGCGCGGCCCCGCCCCGGCCACCACCACGCGUCGCCCUCUCCACCUGGCCCACAGCCCUCCAUUGCCUGUCCCGACCUGGAUCCGGCGUGGAUCCACCGUCGCCAUCAGCGGCUACACUGGAUUUGGGGACUCCCGCCACCGCCCGGUGCAGGUGGAGCGUGGCGCCGCCGGAUGCCCCUGCCUCCUACUCCGACGACCCGCUGCUCCCAGAGCCCAGACGCGCCAACAACCCCGUCUCCAGGAUCCUCUAGAUCCGGGCUCUUCUGCGGCCCCUAGCCCACAAACCCUUCCUCCCCCCGAGCUUCCACUGGGCAUCGAUUUGUUGCAUCUCGACGCCGGCGAGAGAGGAAAUCCACCUUGACGCCGGCGAGGUUCAUUUUGGAUUCGCAGGGGAUUGGGUUGCUCCUCCCAUGCAGUCCACCCUACUGUCAGCGCUCACACUCAUUUCCCCCCUACUGCCAACGUCAACAGGGAAAGAAGAAAGACUACCACCCGUGUCCUUCACUCGAUCAGGUGCCCACCGACGACCACGAUGUGCAGAUCGGCGAACCCCUCGCGUGGAGCUCUCUCUUCACCGACAUGUAGUUCCUUGACACCUCCAUCCAUGCCGCAGGUACAAAAAAUGCCCAGAUCAAAUUCUUCAAUGUUUGUUCUUCACUCACGGCGAGCAAUGCAGGUUGCUCUUCCGUUGCAGGGCACUUGGGUCGUCGGUACAGUACCCAAAAACCAGUGAACUGCGCCCGAGCUUCCGUCCACUGCCUGCAGCUCAUUUGGUUCAAGUUUCACGUGUGCGUGGCCAUGGAUGUGCAGUACGGCAGUGCACAUCGUGCAGCUCGCCCUCUGCGCAGUCCACACAAAAAAGGCUCGGGCACCAAUUUGUGUGGCUGGCUAACGCAUCGCUAUGAGCGACCGGUUCACUUCUUUUUAAUGGGAUGGGAGGCGCAUUUCACUUAUAUAUUUUGUGCAGCUCGGCCCAGAGCAACAUGCGGCUCUAUCGGCGGCGGCUUGCAGUUCCGACCACGAGGUCAUGCAGUACGCUGACGCCCUCCAUGUUCCCCAUCUCCACUUGCAGUCCAGUCACUGGAUGCGUGAAGAACGUUUCACUGGAUGCGUGAAGAACGUUUCACUGGAUGCGUCUAAAAUGUCAUAGUGUUGAUGCAAAUGACAGAUCUUUGCUGAUUUUACAAACCUGUUUGGCAGGAUUUGGUAAAUUGAUUAGACCAAGGGAAUUUGUUUGAAGGUUUCAUUGUGUGAGUUACUAAGCUAUAUAAUGGAUAACAUGGUUAUUAUUUUAAUAGUAACUUUAGCUGACCACCGCAUACAGAAUGAAGAUGGAGCUAGUUAGUAGCCUGUAAGGCAUAUGGACAUGAUACUAUUGGUUUCUUUAAUUUCCGUAUUAUUCUAUGAACACAGAGCAAUUAUGAUAUGUUGUGACCCUUUGAAUUAGAAUUAGAGUUAAUUACACCUGGGGUACAUAAACUUUCGCGGCGGUAACGGAUUCAUACACAAACAAAAAAAAACCAUAAAAGUCAUACAUUAACUCUGAUGCGGAUUCGUUUAGCUACAAAACGCAUGCAAAGUGGACAGAUGGGCUGCCACGCACGCAAUGGGGUCGGCCGUGUAUGCAUUUUUAUCUUUGCAGUUACCCCCCUUAGUUUACUGAGAUUUAACCCGUGGCCAUUCUUUCUGUAUCCCAAUCCCCUUCUUCAAAUCCCUAGCUGCGAAGGUGACGCGCCGGCCCGGUCGUGCACCAUGGAGAGACGACGCGGUCAUGCGCCAUGGAGAGGCGUUGGGAACAACGUUUUCAACCAAGCCGGCGGCUCUGUCAACGGCGGCUUGGACCAAACCGACGGCGGCUCUGUCAACCAAGGCGGCGGCGGCGGCUCUGGCACCGGAUGCGACAUGGAUGGCGAGUGGAUAGUCACAUCAGAGCUUAGUUUUGGCUCCAAAAAAGCGAUGAAGGGGGCAUGCGGAAUUAGGGUUUCCAAUGAAGGAUUUGGUGCGGCUGAAUGUGGGUGCAAAUUGACGCCAGUUAUUAGGGUUUGCAAUGAAGGAUUUGAUGCAGGCCGACGAUUUCUGAGUUGUCCAUACGAGGGGUUAAACUCUUGUGGGUAUUUGAGGUGGAUGGAUGAUGCAUGGCAGGGCAGAUCAAGGGUGGUAAUUGGAAAGCUUGCAAAUGACAACCAGAAGCUACAAAAUGCUUUGCUUGACAAGGAACAAGACAUUCAGAGGAUGAAGAAAGAGAGGAAUAAAUUAGAUGAGCAGAGAAAAAGUAGGGAAAAAUUAGAUUUGUUUCUAGUACUUGUUGUUCUUGCAAGUGUAGUGAUUUAUGCUCUAGUUGCAUUGGUUAGUAGGGGAUUUGUGUGAGGAUUUCAAGUAUGUGUGACUGUAUGAUGAACAAGUUUGUCAAGUUUGAAAAUUUUCAUGCCCA